GCCAGUCACUGGUGUGAGUUAUGGCUGACAGCAGCACCUUUUUAUAUAUUAUCUGUACUAUUAUAGUAGUAUUCUACGACACUGGCCAUUUGGUGUCAGGAACAUUACAUUGAUGAGACAAUAGCUACCAAAUACUGUAUGCUGUAAAUGCUAACAUGUGAGUCUAUGUAAGGUCUUAUUUAUGUCCAUGACGUCUUAGUUUCUAUUAUUUUGUAAGUAUAUUGGGUUUAACAAAAGUAAAAGUGACUAUAGGUGGGCUCUAAUAAUGAUUAAAAACCAUAUUUAGAAGGUCAACAGGUUUUCUAUGUUCUAACCACAAAAAAAGUUUCAGUCUUUGGGUAAUGAGAAGUUUGCGGCGAAUUCACACAAGAACAGUGAUGAAAGCUAACCACAGGCUCACACUGAAUCUGUUGCGUCCACCGGAAGCAUUCCGCAAAACUGAAAUCCCUGUUGUCGGAUCACACUAGCUCCGUAGCAGUGCAACUUCCAUACGGCACAACAGAAAGAUUCUGUUUGGGUUAUAACUUUUCUUUCCCAGACGCCCAAGAUGACCGAAGCUCUUUAUUUUAAUCUAGUCUUUUAAUAUAGAGUCCUAUGAAAAGUAUGACAAUGUCUGGUUGGGAAGAUUAAUUAUGUUAUGCAAGGAGUCCAGAUUGAAAAACCCAGGUUGUUCAUUCUUUAUCAGGAAGACUUGUACCAACAUGGUACUUGAAAGUGGCAUAAUUGGUGAUUUUGUGCUGAGCAAAGGGGAAGAAAGACGUCUGGAAAGCGGAUCCGUGUUUGACCAAGAGAUACUGCGUACGUUUUCAGGCGACAGUGCGGGUAUUAAUGGACGGAAGACCGCUGACUUGACGCCGACCAGUUCUCAGCAGAUCAACCACUGCUGCUGCUGCUACUGCUGCUGCUUGUCUAUCUUCUCCUCAUACCCUUUAGCUCUCACCCAUCAUGGCAGCACUGUGGCUCCAUUCUGCCUCAGUCUUGGUUUUAUUAGUAAUGUCAUGGCCGUGCUCCAGAGCUCUUUCUUCACAACACCUAUGUGGCCCUCACCUGGUGGAAGCUCUUAAUAUGGUCUGUGGGGACAGAGGCUUUUUCACCAGUUCCAGAAGGGACCUCAACUCCGUGCUACGUCUCUUACCGUCAAAGACUGAGGGAGCGACCUUAACAGGCGACAUGAACGACAUUGUGGGAUACGCCUUCAACAAGCAUAUGGAUAUGAUGGUGAAGCGCAACGGCAUCGUAGAACAGUGCUGUCACCAGCCGUGCAGCAUGAUUGUCCUGGAUAAAUAUUGCAACUAGAACUACUUUCCUCGGUAACUCGGUGAUUAGCCUUGCUUGCUCUAGCUUAGCAUAGCAAACCUUUCUGUAAUUUCUCCAGGAGACUGACAAUACAGUCGAUCUCUGUAAAGCAAAUUGUUGAAAUGAAU